AUGUCCUUCGGAAGUGUUUCGGACGUAGAAGUCCUUGACACCCCUGAAGCGCUGCUGUGUCAGGCCGUCCUCGAUCCUAAGGUCCCGAGGGUUGCGUGCUCGACGGUGACGGUGAACAAAUGCCUGGCAGCGCUGCGGACGCUCCAAGGCUUCCCUUACUUCCAGCCAACAUGUCUAUGCCGCGAGCCUCACAUCGACAGAGAGUGCAACACCUUCCACGAGUUCAUCUUCGACCAUCCCUGCUCCUUCGUCCAGAAGAAUGCUGGCGCGUCACCGUACGCAGUGCACGCGCUGCCUACGUGCGAGUACGCGCUACGUGCGUGCGAGAGCCUGCCGGGCUGCAUAGCUCUGCACACUAACUUCCGUGACGCCUGCAUGGCUGAUGGCGGCGUCUGCAGGAUGACUAGCAGCCAGCAGUGCCUCGCAGCUUGGAUCAAGCUCAAGAUGUCACCGAUGUUUGGCUGCAUUUGCCCCAACGAUAAUCAAAAGCAAGAAUGCACGCGCAUAUUCGAAGUGGUUCACCAGAACCCGUGUGUGGAUGAGUUGCCUGUCUUCAAUGCACCUAACCUUAUAGUGGUCACUGGCACCGAUUCUCUGGGGGACGACACCUUCUGGAGUGUCAUGUUCCCACCCAAUCCCCCAACCUCACGGCCGCGACCACAUGUGCACCAUCACACUGCACCACACCACCUCUCUGCACCACUUCCCCCUGCACUGCCUCCUCACCGCUAUAGCAAUAGAAUGGUACCAAGUAACGUCAAUGGUAACGCUGCUCCCUACUAUCCGCCCUACCUUCCUCCCUCUGUGCAUGUGGUAACACCUGAGCCUUUAACGCCUCCUCCGUCUCUCGUGUACUCUGCACAAACUCACAAUGUGCUCUCUGUAGCUCUGCCGAGCUCGUCAACCGUCGAGGAUAACCCGCUUUGGUCAUUUCCAGUCAACGUUUUACCGCGCGAUAACAACUCCGCCUCCUUGCGGAGGAUGGACGGUGGUUCUCUUAUGAACCCCCUCAUCGCCCCACCGUACUCUGCCAACCCCAGUGGGGGUGGUGGCAUACUCACAAGUGGCAGGCCCCUGGGAACAAGUGUCAACGCCUUGUCCCCAGUGGCAGGGGAUAACUCCCGCGCUGCCUCUGUACUCGGCAAUUGGUUUACCAAAACCAACCAAGUUCCUGGCCUGCCGGCGGGAUCAGCAUCUGCCGCAGCCUCCGUCGCAGGGGACGUUGAGCACAGUUUGUCCGCCAGUCGCCGCGACCCUGCGGUGCUGAUGCACAAGACCUGCCAGACGUCGCUGGUCGAGUGUCUGGCGGACCGCAAGUGCAAGCGGCUGAUGGACGGCGUGCUGGCCACCUGCGACGCCACUCAGUGCAGUCAGGCCGCCUGCAUGGACAACCUCCAAAAGUUCUACCGAAACGUCGACACCAAGUGGGCCAUGGACGUCGCCUUCUGCCUCUGCAAACGCAGCAGCCAGACUGCAGACGCGUGCCUUGCAGCGCAGGAACAGUUGCACCCAACCUGCGCUCGCAAGCCUGCAGGCCGCGUGCCGCUGCUCUGCCACCGUCUUGCUGCCUCCUGCAAGCAGGAUGCCAGCUGCAGUUGCCUACCACCGUGCAACCCUGACCCUAGCCUACCACCGUGCAACACUGACCCUAGCCUACCACCUUGCAACCCCGACCCCAGCCUGCCACUCUGCAACCCCGACCCCAGUCUAUCACCGUGCAACCCUGACCCCAGCCUACCACCGUGUAACCCUAACACAAGCCUACCACCGUGCAACCCUAACCCAAGCCUACCACCGUGCAACCCUAACCCAAGCCUACCACCAUGCAACCCUGACCCUACCCUACUUCCCGGUGUUGCAGUGGAGUCCCAGACAGACUACCACCGCGUGAUGCUCAAGUCGCUGGCUCCUGACGUGGAGCUCACCACUAACCCUGACCCCAGCCUACCACCAUACAACCCUAACCCUACCCUACUUCCCUGUGUUGCAGUGGAGUCCCAGACAGACUACCACCGCGUGAUGCUCAAGUCGCUGGCUCCUGACGUGGAGCUCACCACCUCCCCCAGCAUCGUGUACUCACCGCGUCUCACCACUGAGAUCUUGAGUGAACCUGUCCACCAGAGCGGUGGUUCCUCUCAGCAAGCGCGACAAGGUGGUGGUGGUUCUGUGGUGGACGACACCGAGAAUACCUGGCUACCACCACCUACUCUGCCGCCUACCACGACCACCACCAGGAAACCUACCACCACUACCCUACCACCAAAUUACUGCGAGAAACAUUACCCUAGUCGCAACCGAGCUGACCACAUCGUGGAGGGAGGAGGCAAGCGCUUCUACACGGUCUCAGACCCCAGCUGCUCCGAGUUGUGCUUGUGUCACACGGGCAAGCAGCUCGUGUGCAAUGUCCUGCAAUGCGUCGAGGCUCGACCGUGUGAGACUAAAGUCGCCAUUUACAUCCACGCCGCCCCCGCCUUCAUGGCCUACAGGGGCGAGUGUCUCUGCUACUCCGGCAACUUUAUCUGCGUCAGGCCUGAGCACACUGAACUGAAAGAAGGAGUGAACACAGAAGCGAUGUACGACGCUGGGGAGGGAGUGUUCCUGUACGUGGGGUUCAGUCAGGCUGAGGAGGAGCUGCUGAACCCCUACACGCAUCUCUCCGUUGUCGACUCCGUGCCCAGGCUGCAGGCGCUGCUGGAGGAGGCAGCCAUCGCCGUCAACGAGCGGCGUAUGACAGAUGAGGAUGUGACCGAGAGCGCACCUGUUUCGUACUGCGAGCUGACGCUGCAGGAGCAGCUCAGUCAGAACCUGAUCUUCAGAGCGACGCUCCCCGCCCUUGACGAGCACAGGGACAACCUCACCGCUGCCAUGCUCAACAGGGAGAAGAACGAGUGCAUGGAGAGCCUGAAGAUCGUGGCAGAGAAGAUCACGGACCAGCACGAUGACAUCCGCAGCGACAUCGUCUUAUCCAUGUUCCUGCUCGCUGAGGUACACGUGAACGUGCCUCCCGUGCCUGCAGCCUCUGAGGCUCUGCAGGCCUCUCUGCUUCUCACGUCUCUGCUCACAUCUCUGCUCACUGCAGUCUCUGCGAGCUGGUCUCUCGGCAGAUUAUCUCUGCUGGAUUUCCCAACCUUGUGAUACUCGCUAACCUAGCCUGCGAUACGCGCCUAGAUUGUAAGGACUGACAAAACCAUUAGUUAGCCACUAGUCAACUAGCAGCGCACUAGCUGUCACUUUCAUCUAGUAGGACUUUGUAUAGCCAACUAUUUUUACACAUCACCGUGGUAGCC